UGUCCAUGAUCACCCAACCUCCUUGUGCUUAAGGCUAGAUCUGAAUGCUCCUUCACCUUGAUAGUCCUUCCCAGUUUGAUGAGCGAUCAAUGCGGGUGAGCGUAAAGAGAGAGCCCACAAGCGAUCAAAAUCGACUCCAACCAGCAAUCCAAACGCAACCAACCUACAACAAUCUCAUCAGGAACCAAUCAGUGCUCCCCUGCACCCGCCCACACCCAAGACUGAUCCCAGUUGUAACAGUAAUUCUGAGUCACAAUGUGCAGUGAAAGGUCUCUGUACUGUAAAUGACCCAUUAGUGGGUUUUCUUUUUUCAAUCAAUAUAUAAAUAUAAUAUAUUCAACUAGCUUUAUAGAGAUGAUCUAUGUAUUACGGUCAAAAUCGGUCAAUAACGCCGAACUCGCUUACUCGACCGGUCCAACGGGUAAUCCGGUUGACAACCUUUGCCCAAGUUGAUAUUAUGAAACGGUCCAGAGUUCGAACGGAACUAGGCCAAUUAGGUCCGGUCCACAUAUAAAUUCAAAAAUAUCGAAGCGGUCGUUCCAUUCCAUCCCUUUCUUUUAGGGAUGGCAAUGGGUCGGGUCGGGGGCGGAUAGUGCAUAUCCGUUACCCUACCCAAAGUAGUUCGGGUUUUACCCAUACCCAUACCCACAUAAGAAACGGGUAGAAAAUCGAAACCAUGCCCAUACCCGUUCGGGUUACGGGUAUCCACGGUUAUCCAUGGGUAAUAGUUUCUCUUUAUAACUUCAACCAAUAUGUUAAUAUUCAUAUGUAUUCUCACAUUACGUAAGACAAAAAGGAUGACAAUAAUACACUUGGAUGAAGAAAAUGCAUUAAAACAACACAAUUUCAUGAAAAAAUUAUAUUUAUAUGCUAAAUAUAAAAUAUAUUAGAGAAAAAUAAUGAUUAUUUCUAGACAAAAUACAUAUGCAUGUGUAUAUCGGGCGGGUUCGGGUUGGAUAGUGAGAAAACCAUGCCCACCCAGUACCCGCAAUAUUCGGGUUCGGGUUUUACACGUACCCGCUAAAAGUCAUUCGGGUUCGAGUUUUACCCACCCGACGAGGUCGGAUUCGGGCGGAUAUCCACGGUUACGGAUAUUUUUGCCAUCCCUACUUUCUUUUCUUUUCGAGGGUUUCCCAAAAGGCGAAAAUCGGAAAACCCUAGAAGGAGUACCCACCCACCACCAUCGCUCGUUUGGCUUGAUCUUUGCAUCCACCGGCCGGCCAUCCAUCGAUCGAUUGAUCCCCAUGGCUUCCUCCGAUGUUGAUGAAAAUUAUCCUCCGCUGACCUACUACUCCGACAGAUACUGCGUGACCUGCCGGAGACUCGACAAGACGGAGAUGAAACCAAAGCCCGACGACGAAGAGUAUCUACUUGAUGACGAAACUUUCUGCGACGAAACUCUAAGGCUACAUGUCAUCAACUACCGGAGGAACCAGUAUACGAGGAGUUAUUUUGAUAUUGAUUGCCCUCCAAAUUAUGGCGGCAUUGGUGGGCAACCACACCCUGGAAAGCAUUAUGCGAACGACAAGUAUUUUCAAGAUACGGUUAAGGACUGUGCUAGGUUCGCGGUGAAGACAUGUAAUGAAGAAACCAAGGUGAAGGGGAUUGAUUUGGAGUUUGUGGAGGUUCUGAAUGUUACUGCUGAAGGUCCUAAUUGGAAGAGAUUUUACAUGACUCUCGCCUGCCGCAAUCGGGUUAAUGGUAAGCGGAAAGGGAUCUCUGAAGCUGCUGGUGGGGAUACUAGUGAUGACUGUGUGAUUCAGAGCUACAAAGUUGUGGUUUCCUGUUGCUAUUGGAAAACGGAGUUGAAAAAGAUGCUGCUCUUCAAGGACCCAAAUGGGAAACGUACGUAUUCACUACUUCCGUCAAUUGCAUCAUAUACAGUAUGAUCUUUAUUACUACCGCGUAUGUGUUGAUCGCCUCAAUACUCAAAAGUCCGGUUGUGUUGAAUGCUAUGUCUAACUGUAGUUGGUUUUUGCAACUUGGUCGAUUGACAUGCACUUCGUUCACGACUAUUCUCUGUGUAAGUUGGUACUUGAACUUGACUCAUGCAUAUUUAGGGAUAGUGUAAAUGAAAUGGAUAGUAUUUUCUGUAAGAUCUGUAGUAAGUGGUCUUUCUCAUCAUUUAUGUGGUGUUGUGCAUUUCGUGUGUCGGAAUUGUCAAUAAGAAGUAUCAUUCAUCUGAAUAAAUAAGGUAAGUGGUCUUUGUCAUCCUUCAUGUGAUUUGAACUUGAUGUCAAUGUUCCUGUACCUUUACACCUCUGAUCUUUUGUUUUGUUUGUUUGUUUGGCUAAUAUAUGCUCAUGGUUGGUUUUGUAUACAUGGAAAUAGUGUUAACAAUGUUGUCAAUUUGUUUUUUAAUAAAAGUUGCCUAUCCCUCUUUAUAGAUUUGUGGGAGCCGGCGGAUCCGUUUUGCGACCGAGUUAGCCAGCCAUAUAAUGGGGACGAAGUUGCUCUAGCUGGUGAUGGUUCAUUGAUGGUAGUCCGAUCUUCGGAGAAUAAAGCUCAGAGAUAGGAGGAAGAUCAAGUACCUAGUAGUGGUAGUAGUUUAAUAUGUUUAUUGUGUGUGGAACCUUUAAGUAUGCAUGUUUGUUUAUGUCAUGGCGUUUUAUCCUUUAGGAUAAAGUGGGCACCUAAAAAUUAUCUUGAUGUUAGUAGUCAUCUCCAUCAUCCUUACCCCUCCCAACUGGUCGUCUAAGAGGGCUGGUGGUAAUGCGGGAGUCCUUUGAUAGCAGGAAUCUGGAGGACUUGUAGUUGACUGUGGAUUGCUGAAACAGUUGGUUGUAGUAUUAGUAGUCGUUGUUGUCGUCGUUUAACUAUGCUUAUUGUAUGUCGAACUUCGAACUAGAAAGAAUGUUAGCUAUGUUUAUGGAGUGACAUUAUUGACCUGCAAGUAUGAACGACAAUAAACUUUUCCGUUGUUCUUAAGUGAAAUGAUGUGAUGCCUGUGGUUUUCGAUGUGAGUUGAGGGCUUUUAGGGGUUGUUUUUAUGGUGAAUAUUGGCAUGCAUUUGAUGAGUUCUAUGAGAAAAAUCUUUUUGCUCAAUAUGAGAUUAUGGUAACUGAGGUGAACUUUGUAUGCUGAUUUUAAUAGCACAUCUGUAUGUACCCUCAUGAUUUACUUGAUACUGCUUCCUUUGUCAAUCGCCCAGUUUCACUAUCAUGUCUCUGCCUCUCUUUGUGAUUCUUAAAUCUUAAUCCCAUCAGUACCGUCCACUUUUCCCUCUUUCUCUUCUUCUUCUUCUUCUUCUUCUUCUUCUUCCAGUCUCGGAUGGAAGUCUGCCGAGUUUUGGUUGGAGACGUUUGUUCCUGUUCUGCUCCAGCAGGGCACAGAACUCGAUUGGGAAUUUCCCUGCAGAACAAGAACCCAAAUUUUUGAAGAGGAAAAGGCUGAAUGAAUUUGUUGUGCAAUCCUCAACUAUAGGAUAGUGAAUAGCCCUCCUAAAUCACUUGGCCACCAAAGAACAAGUCAUGGUUCAAGUUUGUCAGAAUGCUGCACCUCAAGGUCAAAGUUCAUCUUCUAUUGCUUUCUGCAGCAGAUGUUUUUUGCUUCUUAUCUAUUAUUUUUACAACGAAAAUGAGGAUCCUAUUCUGUGGCAAACCUGUGAAAUGAGGUCAUGGUUAUUGGAGGUAGGAACAGAGGCUGAUUCGGAGUUUUUUCGAGAACAGGGUGAAGCACAUUCAAGAUCUGUAUGGCCAUGAAUUUGCCACCCGUCUGGGCAAUGUAUUCACUGUUGAGAAAGCUACUAAGCCAAUGGUGUAUCUCCCCAACAGCAAGGCGCAGGGUAAGAGCUCUCUAUUACCAAGGAGGCAAAGAUGAGGAUUACCACGGCCCAGGCAGCUGCAGAGGGAAUUUGGAACUCAAAAUGGAUGUGGCUGCUGUGUUUACCUCCUAUAAAUCAAUUCGGGUGGCAAACGUGAAAUUUUUAAGCAAUUCGGGUGACCAAACUUGCAAUUAAGCCCAUUAUUUUACUACUCACACCUAACCCACUACCCACAACUUGUGGGUAUGGUUACCCACAAUAGGUGCGGGUUGGUGCGGUUUGCGGAUUAUCCACAACCCACAACCCGCAACUCAAACUUCCACCCCUAACUACCAUAUAUUAUAUGAGAGGUGACCUAACUGAUUGGAUGGGUGACAAAAGAAAAAUACAAACGAGUACUAGCAACAGUAAAAAUGCUCUCCAAUCAUUCAUGUCAAAAUUCUAGGUCUUUGUCUUCCAUUAACUAGAUAGGCUCUCCAAUUUUCCAACAAUUAAAACCGCAAUCCACCAAAUAUGUGAACUAAAAAGUAAAACCUCAGCAAUUCAUAUUUCAUAUGAUUCAUGUCGCAUUUUCUCAUCCUUAUAUGCACAUGUGGCAGUCUUUUUUAUUUUUCUAUUCUUUCAAAGAUAUGAUCCGUAUCUUCAUUCUUCAUAUAAUAUUCACAUCAUGCGCAAGAACAUAUAUAUAAUAAUAAUAUAUAUGGUCUCAAGUGAAGGACUCGUAAUCUAGUGCUGUUGAAGUGACGGGGUAGGUUAGGUAUUCGAGGUUGCUAACUUGUCCUACUAAAGAAUUAGCCGUUUUGUUUUGCAAGCAUUACUAGACAAGUAGGCGAGUAGAUAUUUAUCUAUCUACUCGUUAACUUGUUAGAGGAGAAGAUCGAUAAUGUUUAACAAGCAAUCGCUGACAAAUUACUCUGUACGAUGCAUUAUGGAGCAAGUUAGCAAAAGAUGCAGCCGAUCGAGGACCCUGACGUUGCAUCGUUCUUGCUUCUCACGUGUCGGAAAGUGGGGUAGUGGAAGUUUUAAGUACAUACUGAAACCCUAGCUAGCAGCUGAAAGGAAACUGCAAGUAGGUAGGGUUUUCUUUUCAGCCGAGUUUUUGGCCUACGUCUCAGGUUUUGUUUUACAUUAUCAUCAUCUCAUCAUAUAUAUAGGCCUAUAGGCGCUUGUGUGUAGAUAGAUUUAGGUCGAGUGGCUGCCAUGCAAUAACUUGGCAGUGUCAAGCAGUUAUAGUGAUGAUCUAUACAAAUUCGUUAGGUCGUCGUCAUGAUCAUGAUUCAUGCAGCAUGAUGGUGAUCCAGUCCUUCUACAUAUCCCUGCCAUCGGAGCCGUCUAAUAAAUCGUGACGAUCCUG